AGACAUAUAAAAUAUAAUACGGUGAUAUAGCUACAUCUUAUGCUAGAUUAGAUCAAAUCUUAAGUAAUAGGGAAGAGUAGAUAGAUCUAGUAGAGAAUGAACGAAGAGCAGUUGAGAAAUGAAUUGCAAAAUAAAGAGAAAGAAAUUCAAAGACUGAAAAAACUACUGGAUGAAAGUGCCAAGCUUCUUACUGUACCAGAAAAUGAUUUACAGAAACAGAAAGAAAAAUCAGAAACCCUUUCAAAGGAGGAUAUUUCUCGAUACAGCAGGCAGCUAAUUCUACAUGACUUUGGUGUGAAAGGUCAAAUUGCUGUCAAGAACACUAAUGUAUUGAUUGUUGGUGCUGGAGGUCUUGGCUGUCCUGCAGCCAUAUAUUUAGCUGCUGCUGGGAUAGGCAGGUUAGGUGUGAUAGACUAUGAUGAGGUGGAACUUAGUAAUCUACAUCGCCAGAUACUGCACACAGUUGAUAGAGUUGGUUUAUCCAAGUCUGUCUCUGUUGUACAUUCCUGCUGCAGGUUAAAUCCAUCAACUGAAUAUGUUCCUUACCAUUUACAGCUUGAUAGCAGUAAUGCUUUAAGGAUUAUUGAAAGUUACGACAUUAUUUUGGAUGCUACUGACAAUGUAGCAACUCGGUAUCUCCUAAACGAUGCCUGUGUUCUUGCUGGAAAACCCCUAGUGUCAGGAAGUGCACUUAGAUUUGAAGGACAACUGACAGUCUAUCACCAUGAUGGUGGACCUUGCUAUAGAUGUCUAUAUCCUCAACCACCACCUAGUGAAGCUGUGACUAACUGUUCAGAGGGAGGUGUCCUAGGAGUAGUUCCAGGUAUUAUCGGAUCAUUACAAGCUUUAGAGGCUAUAAAAAUAGCCACUGGGAUUGGCACUUCAUUUUCACAAAAACUCUUAAUGUUUGAUGCACUGGAUGGAACAUUUCGAACUGUCAAACUUAGACCACGAUGUAAAAGCUGUUUAGUCUGUGGCGAGAACCCAACAAUAUCUCAGCUUAUUGACUAUGAACAAUUUUGUGGGGCAAAGGCAACAGACAAGGAUCAUAAGCUUCAUAUUCUUGAAAGAAGUCAAAGAAUCAGUGCCAAGGAAUAUUCAGAGAUGGUAAACAAUAAAAAACCUCAUGUCCUUGUUGAUGUUAGACCAGCCAUAGAACUGGACAUAUGUCAGUUACCUCAUCCUAUGAUCAAUAUUCCAUUCACAUCAUUAUCGAGGAAUAUUACUGAAGUAAAAGAUCAGCUGCUGCUUAAAUUGAAAGAAUUGUCUUCUGACGACUUUCACAAUUACACAGUUCCUGUAGUUUGUGUUUGUCGCAGGGGUAAUGACUCCCAGCUAGCUGUACAGCAGUUGAUGAAAAUUUUGGCAGAUGAUAAAGUUAAAGUCAUUGAUAUCAAAGGUGGUCUUCAUAGCUGGAGCAAACAUGUUGAUUCCAAUUUUCCCAUUUAUUGAUUCUUCUAUACAUGCCUAGUUCAUAUGUAAAAAAGAAUAGUUUAAUAAUAAAAAUCUGAAU